UAGAAAUACAUAUUAUAUAAAGAGAAAAAGAAAGUCCUGAAUACUAAAGAUAAACCCAAAAAAAGAGUGUUUUAAAUUAAAUUUAAUGGAAAUUUUCUAUCUGAAAUUAUAUUCAUAUUCGAAUUUUUAGAAAAUGAGUGUAAUUUAAGAAAUGUAUUCUUAGAAGCUUUGAGUUUGUUAUUUUGGAGAAAAUAUUAUCGGAACAAUUUUAAAUUAAUAUAUACUUUUUAAAUUAAGGAAAAUAAUGAAUUUGCUAGACUUUAUUAUGUAGAAAAUUGUUCUAAAUCUUAAACUCUUUACUGAAAAUUCAGGGUUUCAGGAAAGGAUUCAGACAUAAGUAAUAUGUAUAUUUUGAAGAAAAUUAUUAAUUUACAUAUACUGAUACUAUUAUUACUUCUAAAAUUAGAAAUAUAUAUAUUAUUUGUUCUACAAAAUCUUUAUUAAAAUAAAGGCUUGCUUUA